UAGUAUGAAUGAAUUAGUGAAUGAAUGAAUGAAGGGGGAAGGAGAUGAUCAAGAGAUCGGUUGCUUAUCGGCAGUCCGGAGUAGAUGAUCACGGACCUCACGGUACAUGAGAUAGUAAGAAGUAGUACUCCGUACGGGGUAGAUAGAUUGCUAUCUAUCUCCCAAGUAAGGCAGGAAGCACGGAAGAAGGCGCCGGUGAGCGCGAAAGCCGGAAAGCAAAGCCAGGAAGGCGCCCCAGGCCGGCUGAGUCAGCGCGUCGCCCAGCCCAACAGUCCCUUCGAAGCUCUCACCAAAAACCAACAACCCCGAAGGAAGAACCUCGUCGUCGACGGAAAAAAAAAGUUACGAGGCCCUUUCGGCUCUCCGCUCCCCUUUGACCUCCCUUGUCGACAGUCCGGUCACUUUGCGAAGGCCUUCCAUCCCACCCCCCCCCUCUGCUACUUUUCAUACCCUACAGUCCCGCCAUGGCUGCUCCCCGACUUUUCCGCCCAGCAGCUCGUCUGCUUUCUUCGCGCCUCUCCUCGGCGCCUCUUCGCCCGGCUUUCUCGCAACCCGCCUGCGCGCCCUCCCUUCUGCGCUUCCGGGGCUAUGCCACCGAAACCGGUCCCAAGGAGGUCACAGUUCGUGAUGCCCUGAACGAGGCCCUCGCUGAGGAGCUGGAGAGUAACCAGAAAACUUUCAUUCUGGGAGAGGAGGUUGCGCAGUACAACGGAGCGUACAAGGUGACAAGAGGUCUCUUGGAUCGCUUUGGUCCCAAGAGGGUCAUCGAUACCCCCAUCACCGAGGCCGGCUUUUGCGGUAUCGCCGUCGGUGCCGCUCUUGCCGGAUUGCACCCCAUCUGCGAGUUCAUGACCUUCAACUUCGCCAUGCAGGCCAUUGAUCAAAUCAUCAACUCUGCCGCGAAGACUCACUACAUGUCUGGAGGAAUCCAGCCCUGCAAUAUCACUUUCCGUGGACCCAAUGGCUUCGCGGCUGGUGUUGCCGCUCAGCACUCCCAGGACUACUCGGCCUGGUACGGCAGCAUCCCUGGAUUGAAGGUUGUUGCGCCCUGGAGUUCCGAGGAUGCCAAGGGCUUGCUCAAGGCUGCCAUCCGUGACCCCAACCCCGUCGUUGUCCUGGAGAAUGAGCUCCUGUACGGCCAGGCCUUCCCCAUGAGCGAGGCCGCCCAAAAGGAUGACUUUGUCCUCCCCAUCGGCAAGGCAAAGAUUGAGCGUCCCGGCAAGGACCUGACUAUUGUUUCCCUUUCCCGCUGCGUGGGACAGUCUCUCACCGCUGCUGCCCAACUCAAGCAGAAGUACGGUGUUGAGGCGGAGGUGAUUAAUCUCCGGUCCGUCAAGCCCCUGGAUGUUGAGACCAUCAUCCAGUCGCUCAAGAAGACUGGCCGUAUCAUGUGCGUCGAGUCUGGUUUCCCCAUGUUCGGCGUCUCUUCCGAGAUCCUCGCGCUUUCCAUGGAAUACGGCUUUGACUACCUGACUGCUCCUGCUGUCCGUGUCACUGGCGCCGAGGUGCCUACUCCCUACGCCCUUGGCCUCGAGCAAAUGAGCUUCCCCCAAGAGGACACCAUCGUCAGCCAGGCCGCUAAGCUGCUGCGGCUGUGA